AUGUCACAGACCAAAACCCUGAAGGUACGUGUGACCCUCUUCUUCAUCCUGGUGGGAGGAGUGCUGGCCAUGGUGGCUGUGGUGACCGACCACUGGGCCUUGCUGAGCCCACACCUGGAGCACCAUAACGAGACUUGCGAGGCGGCCCACUUCGGCCUCUGGAGGAUCUGCACCACGCGCGUCGCUGUGCGUGACAAAGAAGACAAAAACUGCGAACGCAUUACGCUGUCGGGAGACAAGAACUGCUCCUACUUCAGGCAUUUCAACCCAGGAGAGAGCUCAGAGAUCUUUGAAUUCACCACUCAGAAAGAGUACAGCAUCUCGGCAGCGGCCAUCGCCAUCUUCAGCCUCGGCUUCAUCAUCGUGGGCUCCAUCUGCGCGUUUCUAUCCUUUGGGAAUAAGCGUGAUUAUCUGCUGAGGCCAGCAUCCAUGUUCUAUGCCUUUGCAGGGCUCUGCCUUAUUGUCUCUGUGGAGGUCAUGAGGCAAUCGGUGAAGCGCAUGAUUGACAGCGAGGACACCGUCUGGAUCGAGUACUACUACUCAUGGUCCUUCGCCUGUGCCUGCGCUGCGUUCACCCUGCUCUUCCUCGGCGGGCUGUUCCUUCUGCUCUUCUCCCUGCCUCGGAUGCCCCAGAACCCCUGGGAGUCCUGCAUGGAUGCUGAGCCAGAACACUAG